AUGGACCAUUCACAUUGUCGACUGAGGCGAGAUCCGAUCUGCUUUGAGGUUGACCAGACUCAGGUGUUCUACGACGAGGCCAAUAGAUAUCUCAUUACGUUUCAUAAUGGGAUAUUUAAGAUCCUCUCGGUAGAUGACCCCGGAAUCCCUCCUCAAACAAUCGAUUUCGUGCGCCAUGGUGCGGUUUUGGGAGUUUCAUUGUCCUUGGACAAGAAGCAUCUUUGUGUUCAGAGAUCAAGUGCAGAUGUAGACAUCAUCUGCUUGCAGGAUGCGAGUGAGAUGUCGUAUUCUUGCAUGGCAAAAUCGCAGGGUUGCAUGGUAGUGGGGUUUGUGUGGGUGAACACAGGUUUAUGCGACAUUGCCUUGAUAACGACUGGUGGGCUUGAAUUGCUGAGGAUAACCAGCAAAGAUGUCGUUCAACUUGUAAAACAUGACCGGCGAGCCAUCCAUUGGUACAGGUACUACCAUGAGACAAGGCUCGUCAUGGUUUGUACUGGAAAAGAAGCCAAUACCAUUCAAUGCUUUCAGUUCCUCCCGGACAAAUUGAUGAGGAUGCCUGACUUCGACCCUGACGUCGCUCUCAAUGCAAACGGAAAGAGGAGUCGACUGGAGAGAAACGACUUCAUCCUGUGUAAGAUAUACGAGAAACUUUGUUGUGUCUACGUGUUCGCAAAGAGACAAGAGAUGAUUGUGUAUCAACUGGGGAAAGAUGCAAUUGGACGACUGUGCACCAUCAAUCUCUACUCGGCAUGUGAUAACUACGCUCUGAGCAUCGUUGACAACCUGCUGAUUGUUCACAACCUUGACUCGAAGAUAACUUUGAUCUUUGACAUCUGGCUUAUGCAAUGGAGCGACCAUCCUGUAGCGGCUCCUCUUCCUCUCGGUGCUCCAGUCUCUGCUCACAACGAAGACAGACAUGAAAAUCUGCCGUCUGAACUCUCGCACGCGGACAGCUAUCUGCAAGAAUGGAACUUUGAGCAGCCGAACAUUAUUCUUGACAAGAAAGCAGGGAAGUUGUGGUUCUUAGAGAUCAGUUUGCAAAACCUGUGCAUCAUCAGCAGUGACAAGGUCAACCUUGUUCGAUGUCUGUUGAAACGAAGGGAUGGGAUCAGCGAGACGCUGUCGGUGAUCAGGAAUGCUGUCCGGGACCGGGAACCGCUCUUUUCUCUCUAUCAGAUGUUCAGUGUGGUUGUGGAAGCUUCAGUUUCGCUCUCAUCGGCAUCGUCGAAUGUCAAGAUGAGCAAGUGGUGGUAUUACCAGCCAGACAGACAUGAUCCAGCCGUCAAGAAUGCUGAGGAGAAGACGGCGAAUGGUGACCAGAACGCUCAUCUGAUCUUUCCUGUGCAGAUAAUUCAUCAGGAGAGUGUUGUCGACUCUUCAUAUCUCAUGGCAGUUGUCACUGAAUAUUUGAGGAGUUUGAGCGCAAGGGGGAUCAUGGCGGAGACCUUCCUCGUUGACUUCCAGCUGGAGCUGAUCACCUCGUCCGACCCUCCUCGUUUUGCUGUCCUUCAUCAACUUCUGCAGUACCAUGUCAUCCAAGACUCCCUCCCCGUUGCCAGGAGGCUUCUCAGCUUGAUCUCGAGAUACCCUCCUGCAUUUCAGCUGGGGUUGGACAUGCUCCAUCGUUUGCGGCUUCCGCAGGAGGUUGCCCGGGUCCUGCUGGAGUAUGGCAAGCUGACAGAGGCGCUGAGGUACAUCAACACCCGCGCAAGCGACGUACACGUGCCUGCUGCUGAGAUCCUGGAGGCCGCCAGAGCGACAGGGGACAACCAGAAGUUCUACCUCGCUUUCCGGUUCGUCCAGGUGCGAGAGGAGGGAGGGGGGACGAGCGAAGCUGAGAAGCAGCCGCAGGCAAUGCACGCGGACCAGUACGAGCAGAAGAGGAGAAACUCUCCUGGGUUCCUUCCGUCCGACAGCUGUGAGGAGCAUGUGGAGUUUUACAAGAAGAUGUUCGAAAGCGUGUGA